AAUUGGGCCGGGGCCGAGCUGAGCUGAGCUGGAAGCGCGCUGAAUUGGGCCCGGGUUCCGGAAUCUACGCAAUGUCCAGGCAGCGCGCGGCCUCGGGGAAGCCCUUUGUUGUGAACGGAUACAUUUUGCCUUUAAAGAAAAAUGUAGCGAAGGAAGAUUCGGACGAGGAGGAGGAGGAAGAAGAUGUUGAACCGCAGUUCCUGGAUUUCGAAGACAUGAUGAGCAUGUCAGACGGUGCAAGUUCUGUCAGAGCCUCUUCUGUGGCGCGGCGGUUCGGUAAAAAAAAAGACCUUUGCUGUUUGUUGACUAUUCCCACCAUUGUCUGUCUUUUAAUUUGUGGCACACGCGUUGUAAGUACACAUUGACCCAGAUUUUGUGGUCAGUGGCGAAGUUGGAUUUGGACCUCGUCACGUUGAUAUAGAUUUUGCGACACUAAUGAUAACAAUUUUAUCAAUAUUAAUGGGUAUUCCUCAGACUGUGGUAGCAACAUCUGGAAUCGGCACAGGCCCAAUUAAACCCAGCAAUUCGGAAGUUGUCACUGAUUCUACACUUGCUCAUUAUUAUUUGAUUGCACCCUGGAGGUUACAGAAUAGAAAACGCAACUGAUUAAACUUCCACUCUUACCCUUUCGUCUCGUAAACACCUUGGAAAAUUAAACCCGCCGAAUGUGUUUAUCAACGUUCUAAAUUCAUAAUUGCUGGUGAACGCCUUAAUUGGCCCUCAAAUUAAUUUAAAAGAUCAGUUUUCUUUAUAAAUUCUCACUUUCAAAAGUUUAUUACUUCACCUUGUACAAUAGUGCCGUUUCUAUGUCACACUCAUUUAUAUCACUGACUACGGAGUUGAGUUUAAUUUCCCGGUAUGGAAAUACUUCAGCGUGAUUGGUUGCUUACCCACUUGAUCUUUACUCCUGGGCACCUAGAAAUCCCUUUGACUCUGAAUUAUAUUUAAAUUGACAUCUGCAAAGGGAAAAAUCCACAUCAGAUACGGAUUGUGGCAAUUGGGCUGUUGAAGUAUUCUCAAGAUAGUGAACCAGAAAAUAAAUAUUAUCCUUAGAUUUUAAUUAAAUUUCAGUGAGCGGACAUGAUAGUAUCAUAAGUAUGUAACUAAGGUACAAACUGAAAUAUCGUAACUUUUAAAGAAGUAUUCCUUUCAAAGGUAUAGAAUUAGAUUUUUCAGGGACAUUGAGGCUUUUGAGUAGUGGAUUUGGGUUUGAUAUAUUAUUAAAAAUUAAGUUCCACUUCACUCAAAAAGGUUCAAAAUUUCAAUUCUUUUACAAGAAUCUUAUUAGCAACGAGGUUUUUUUUUCAUCGGCUCAAAGAUUUUUGCCUCAUUCGCAUUCUGAGGUACUUUGUGAAGAAGUGUGGAAUGGCUGUCUGACCGAAACAUUGGGUUUAACUGAAGGCAUGGACUAGUUACUGUCAUUUUAACAGCAGUAAAAUGGUGAAAACUGAUGGUGUUUACUGGCUGUACCGCAGCAAAAUCUAGUCCGAUGUCAGACUACGUCAAAUUGUAAUUAUAUCACUUAGCCAGAAGUGCAACGGUGCCGACGCUAGAAAUGCUGGAAAUACUCGGGUUUGUGGUUAACGACUUGAUAAACAGUAACUGCAAAAUUGACAAAGUCUCAAGUGAUAAACACAAUUGCAGGUUCAAUACAGAGUAUAUUCAAGAUAAUUAGAGCGGAGAAAACAUAAAAAGAUAAUGAACAUUUGAAACUUGGGGUAAGGGAUAUUUUCUGCUUGUUUCACCAGUUGUGAUUGUGUCUAUGAAUAAAGAUCAAUUGACCACUCUUUCUUCAUUCAUGUAGAAAGUGUACAGUUACUUUGAUUGCAUCAACACUUGAGACAUUAGGAGAUAUAAUUUGGGUAUCAUUCAAGAUUUGCAGUUUUUGACAUUGGAUGGUGAUGCAAACAGAUUGGCUACUUACAAAAUAAAAACCGAAAGAACUGCGGAUGCUGUAAAUCAAUCAAGGCAGUUAACUCUGGGGUGGUAUGUGAAAGUUAUUUUUGUUUUGGAAAGAUGAGAUGGCAGGCAGUAUCCUUAAAGCUUUACUCUGGAAUGAGCAAAUGGCCUGUAGGUUCAUCCUUGGGCGCAAUCAAGCUCACAAUUAUGCAUUCUUUUGGAAUAUGUGCUUGAUUAACACCCAGAUUGAGCGUUUGUUUCAGUGCAAAUAUGCAUGAAAUUCUCCAACAUUUUCAGGAAAAAUAGUGAAAUCUGGUUAGGGAAUAAAAAUCUUUUGAUCAAAUCAAAGCCACUAUUAAGAAGUUGUUGAAAAUGCAAUAUAAUAAAUCCUUACAGAAUAGUAAUUUCACAGUUUUAAAACAAUUCUAAUUUCCUCAAUGAUUUCGUAUGAGAAGGUGGACAUCUUUGAAAACAUAAUUAGUUGGAAGAGAUUUCUAAUCAAAGACUGUGACACCAAUAAAACUUACAAAGUGUACGGAAGGUUUCAUUUUACUGGUCCAUGGUGGAAGGUGACUGCAAAGAUCAAGUGCAUCCAGAAGAAAUGGUACUUAAGCUGGUAUCCGUCCUACAGUCUGAGGAGUCAUCUGGCAGACCGAAGAAAGGAAAUUUUCAGCCUGUUCCUAACAGCGUGUAACGUUCAUGAGCAACAUAAAAAAAUUUUUAUUGAGUCUUUGACUGAGGAUAGUAACCUUGAAUUUUCAAACCUGUUGAAAACUUUGCAAAGGAUUGCAGAUAAGGAUACUACACGAGACCAAAACUUCGCAAAAAGCAUUAUUGCAGCCAUAAAUAGUUCAGUUGAAGGUCAAUAUGUGCAGCAUGCGUUAAUGUUCCAAAACUUGAUGGAGAUCCUGCCCAUACUUCUGCCACGGCACUUCUUGAGUAUUUUAAUGCCAAAAAGGGAAAAUGGAAGAGAGUCCCGUUCAUACCAUACUCUGGAGGAGUUGGAACAGAUGAUUGCGACAGCAGUAUGGAAACUAGGAUUCAGUCAAAUUCUGUCGAAGGAGCUACAACUGAUUGGUUGUGAGGCAUCCUUGUUGGCCUUUGAGGAAGCUGAUAUACUGAAGACAAUUCCAGAGUUACAAAGGCAUGCUUUGGUCAUUUAUGAUAAGCUCAAGCAAACUUGCUGGAGUAAGGGACACACCUAUGUUAAAGUUGAUGGACUGACUGCAUUGCGUCCAUCUGAGUUCAGUGUUCAAAGUGCAUGGGAAUCACUACAAUUUUUAAAGAACUAUGAGAUAAUCAUCGUAGAAAAAGAGCGAGUGUAUCUCAAGUGCUUUUAUAACUAUGAGAAAGACAUUGCAUCUUGUAUAAAGCAACUUGUGGAUAAACCUCCAUGGCAUAUUUCUGUGCCAGAGGCUUUGACAAAAGCCAGCACUGCAGAGCAAAUGGAAAGACUACCUGAAGAUACAGAGAUCAAAGAAAUUAAAUUGGAUUCUUAUCAGUUGAAAGUUGCUGCCAUGAUGUGUGAAAAUCCUGUUACAGUUAUCAGUGGUAAAGGUGGCUGUGGAAAGACAACACUUGUCAGCUGUAUCUUUAGCACAGUGGUUAAAAAUAUGGAGAAUGCAGAUAAUGAGGAACUAUCGCAAGCAUGUCAAGUUCUUGAGCAGGACGAAUGGGCUUCUGAAAGCUGGGAUAUUCCAAUGGGUGCAACUCCCAGUGGCAACUUUGAGCAAGUCAAUGUCAGAAAAGUAUCUGUGCUGUUCACUGCACCAACUGGAAAGGCAGCAUCUCUUUUAAAGAAAAAAACUGGGUUUAAUGCUUAUACUUUACACCAGGUGGUGUGGAAUUUCUGGGCCGCAGAGAAAUCAAUUGCAUCAGGAAAACCUCCUGAUUGGAUGUUUUCUGAUGUCCAGGUACUGAUUGUUGAUGAGGGGAGUUUGGUUUCUGUGCGUAUCCUAAGUACUGUUUUAAAGUUGCUUAUGGAGCGUGCCAAUCUCAAAAAACUUAUAAUCCUUGGUGAUGUUAAGCAGCUACCAAGUAUUGAACCGGGCAACAUGUUGAGUGAUGUAUAUUCCAGUUUGCUCCAAAUUAAAUGGAGCUUUGAACUACCAAACAAUCAUCGUGCAGAGAGCCAGCUGAUCAUAGAUAAUGCUGCUAGGAUUGCUGAGAUGGGAUUGAAGUCUACAUAUAACGAGUUGCAAUAUGACGCAGUGAUGCACAUAUCAAAGUCUGCAGAUGUCACCAUUCCAACAUCUGAUAAAAAAUUCAUUCUUGUUUCUCUGCCCUCCAAAUAUAACUCCACUGAUCUUCAAGAAGCUAUUGAAUGUUUACUAAACUCAAAAGCCCCAGGACUGGAUGAUGAUGUGACCUCACAGUUUGUUGCAUUUAGACGGGCAGAUUGUGACUUAAUUAAUGAACUCUGCUGCAAGCGAUAUGCAGGCCAUCUGACUAGAAAUCAUAAAAACAAGAUUGAUUUCCAGGUGGGGGACAAAGUAUGCUGUUCAAAGAACGGAUAUGUCAGAGACUUUACACAACAGUCGGAGCCACAGACAAAGUCAGAAUUGAAAGAAGAGAAACUAGUUCGUCUGUGUAAUGGAGAAAUCUUUUUUAUUGCCCAGUAUAAAACUGAACAAGCCAAGAACCAAAGCUCGGAUUACUUGCUACUGGAUGAUAAGGAUAAUCGACAAAUAUUCGUGAACUAUAAAAAUGUAAUGAGAGAGUGCAGAUUGCAACAUGCUUGGGCCAAAACAAUCCAUACCUUUCAGGGCUCUGAAGUUGCCACAGUUGUGUAUGUUGUAGGAUCAGCAGGAAGACAGAACUGGCAACAUAUCUAUACUGCAGUCACACGAGGGCGCCAGCGUGUCUAUGUUGUUACUGCUGAGGAUGACUUUAUUAAGGCAGUGACAGCCAAAAGCCCUCCCAGAAACACCCGGCUGCGUGAAUUGCUGCGAGAGAAACUACGAGAAAUGAAACCCACUUUUGAUACUGGAUUAUGGACCCAGCAGAAACAAAGUUGCAUGCCUUUGGGAGUGCCUUCCACACUUGGAUUAGUGACCUCAGUGCAGUUCAAUUCGCUUAAGUCUACUGUCCAGGUAAUGGAUGACUCUGACUCUGUGUUGAGCAAAGCCAAUGAAAUAAGAAAGGACAACAGCAAAAUAGAUCCUCGGGAAGGAGACUCCUUGGCGGAGGAUUUGGCAUUUGCACAAAAUUAUAGCUGGUCUCCUCAAAGUCUGGAGUUUGAGAACAGGCACUGUGAGGUCCUGAAAAGUACAACAGCAGUGCACAGCAGCUGUCUUGAAACUAGCAAUGGAACCACAAGGGAUUCUCCUACGGCAAUGACUGGUGAGGAGGUUGCAAGUCCUAAUAAAGUUUCAACACCUUGGUCUUGCAGCAAUAAGAGAAUUGGUAAUAUUUUGGAAGACAAGAAAUCACCUCAAAAAUGUUCAAAGGUAUCCUUGAUGGAAUCACCUCAUGCCUGCAAGAUGUUUCGGCAGUUGGCACUUGACUGCCCACCCCCAAGUCACAACUUGAAAGUAAAGCAGCUUUUUAAAGAAGGGAAUUGAAUGCAAAGACACCAAACACAAAAAAAAGACAUAGAAAUAAUGUGCAAUAAGUUAAAGGAGCAGUAUGCUUUCAUGGAGAAGAUUUUAUGCUGUUGACAAUGUUGAAGGUUCCAACAAAAGUGUUUUUAGGACAACAGUUUGAACUGAUCUGUAAAACUGAUAUGCUUAAAGCUGUGGUCUGAGUCUAUUUUGUCAAUUACCACAGACUGAAACCAAUAACUAUGAAAGUUUAAAAAACAGAACAUUCAUUAUUUCAUUUUCUUAGAUCAUUUUUAAGAAGUGUUUAAUUUUGACAUCCAUCUUGGAUCACUCAAGUUGUAAUGUAUCUUGUAGUGUAUUUGCAUUUUAGGUUAUGGAUACAGUCUUUAAACUACUACAGUCAUGAUGUAUGCUUUUACGUGGUUUUAUUUCAUCUUGCAUAUCCCUUACAAAUUAGCAGUGAAGAUUCCCAAAACCUUAAGAGGACGAUAAAUAUCAUGCUACCAAAGUAGGAAAUUUGUACAAAAAUACUUUACAGUUUAUAAUACUUGUCUGUUACAAAUAAAAAUACAUUGUCCAAAGGA